AUGUCUUCUAAUAAUUUGCUUUUAGGUUUUUCUAACAAAAUCGGAAAAUUACUUGAAGAUCCGGACUAUGAGUUUAAUACAAUCAUUCGAACCGGAAAUGAUUCGAAUAUAAAAUGUUUUAAAGCGCAUUCUCUUAUUUUAAGGGCGAUGUCUCCAUACUUUCGUGCUGCCUUAUCAAAUAAACAUGUUAUGAAAGAAGGGAAUUGGACUUAUUUGGAACAACCAAAUUUUUCUCCUUCUACGUUUGAUGUUAUCUUGAAAUUCAUGUAUACUGGUACUAUAUAUAUAGAAAAACAAGACAACUCAGAAAUUGUUGACCUCCUGAAAACCGCACAAGAACUAGGGCUCCAUGAAUUGGUCGACAUGUUAAAAGACCAUCUAAUUCAAAGUCAAGAAAAGAUAAUACCGAAAGAAACGGCAGACACUAAUUUAGUACCAGGUGUAGAUCACAUGAACGGUUCCAAUGAGAUGUCUGAGCUGCGAUCUACCAAAAGACGGGGUCGAAUCCGACUCGUUGGAGCUGGCCCCGGUGAUCCGAAUUUGUUAACACGUGCAGCAUUUCAAGCCAUAUACGAAGCAGAUAUAGUAUUAACUGAUAAACUUGUACCUGAGGAGGUGCUAAAAUUGAUUCCACCACAAACUGAAAUACUAGUAUCGCCAAAAAAGUUUUGUGCUGAUGCUAAUGCGGCUCAGGAAGAACUUAAUCGUUUGGGACUUAAUGCAUUAAAUCAGGGCAAAGAUGUCGUUAGACUAAAACAGGGCGAAUUUCUUUUUUACCGUUCUCACGGUUACACUCCACAAGUUAUCCCUGGCAUUUCGUCCUGCAUGUCUGCUCCGUUAUUAGCCAAUAUCCCCGUAACACAUAGAGGGGUAGCGUCACAAUUUUUAGUUUGCACAGGAACAGGAAAACAAAAUACUUUACCUGAUAUUCCAUCUUAUCAUCCUUCUCGUACAACUGUAUUUUUAAUGGCAUGUCACAGGAUUAAACAAAUAACACAAGAUUUGAUGAAUGAUGGUAAAUAUCCACCGGAAUGCCCUUGUGCUGUCAUUGAACGAGCAAGUUGUAAAGAUCAAAAUGUUAUAAAUGGAACCGUUGGAACAAUUGCAGAAAUUUUAGAACAAGUUGGUCAUAAACCACCGGGGACGCUAGUUAUCGGUUGGUCUUGUUUGACUCUGUUGUGA